AUGUGUGAUGAUGGGCAUUGCAUACCAGGUGGCAGAAGGGACACAACAGUGUCCCUCGUCUUUGGAGUUUUAAUAGUUGUCAUCGUUGUAUUUCUCUGUUGGUGUUGUAUAAUGCUAAAAGAUGAAGCACAAGGCAACAGAAAAAUCACACCAAGAGUUGUCACACCGGAUGCGGAAACUUCUAGGAUGAGACACAUUCAGCAAAAUGAACAGAUGGGAAGCAAUGAAGUGAGUUCAGCGAACGAACUACCGCAACACGAAGAAGCUCGUAAUCAAAUUUCUGAUACUAUCGCUUACAGCUGUCUCCAAUCUUACAUUGACGACAGAUAUAACACUGAAGCACCUCCACCAAGUUAUGAAGAAGUUAUGGGGGCGUCA